AUGGCGGAGAAGCGGAAGAGCGUCGACGUCGACGAGACCGGCGCCGCCACCGCGGGCCCGUGCGCGACCGGGUGCGGCUUCUUCGGCAACCCGGCCACCGGUGGCAUGUGCUCCAAGUGCUACCGCGAGCACGGCGGCGCCGCGGCGCCCACCGACGAGAGGAAGAAGAUGCAGGACGUUUUCAAGACGAGCGCCCUCGCGCCCGCAGCACCCCGCGGCGCGGUGCCGGAGAAGAAGGCCAGGAUCAUCACGUGCGCCGCUGCCGCCGUCGCGCCGUCCCCAGAUGGUGGCGCCGAUGGCGCGGCCGCUGCCGAGCCAGCGACGGCCGUGAAGCCCGCGGCGAGCCGGUGCGCGGCGUGCCGCAAGAAGGUUGGCCUGCUGGGGUUCCGGUGCUGCUGCGGCGAGACCUUCUGCGGCGCGCAUCGCUACGCGGAGAAGCACGCCUGCGGCUUCGACUACAAGGGCGCCGGCCGCGAGCGGAUCGCCAAGAACAACCCGGUCGUGGUCGCCGACAAGAUCGCCAAGAUCUGA